UCUUCGCCGAGCUCCUCUCUAUGGUUGGCUUUCAGGACGAAAGCUUCCUGGGUCAAGGGUAGCCUUUGGCGCAGCGGGCAGGGAUCUGCGAGUCCCGCUAUCGCCGCGUUUCUGGUGGGCUAGAGGGGAAGUUCGGUCUGCAGGCCUAGUUAUAGGUUGACCGAUCCAGGGAUGAAAAGGCCUGCCUUGUAUGUAUUACCAAGAUCUGGUUUGGAACAGAAUUGGGGUGAGGGGUAACCCUCUCAGAAAUGUUCUAGUAGAAAAUCCCUCCAAAAGAAGUCUCUCUUUAAAGAAAUGGUUCUGCUCCACGUGAAGCAUGGAGAUGAGAGCCAGUUUCUUCUAGAAACAACAGGUAGGGUUUCCAUUGAAGACUUAACAAAGGAAGUAGCCAAAAUCUAUAAUGGAAGACUCAAAGUUCAUCGUCUUUGUGCAGAAAUGGAAUCGCUGGCAGAACACGGUAUUUUCUUACCUCCUAACAUGCAAGGUCUGACAGAUGAACAAAUUGAAGAGCUGAAACUGACAGAUGAAUGGGCAAAAAAAUGUAUUCCCAGUGGUGGAAGCACAUUUAAAAAAGAUGACAUUGGACGAAGAAAUGGUCAUGCUCCAAAUGAGAAAAUGAAACAAGUGUUAAAGGCAACUGUAGAAGAAGCAAAGGCACUGAUUUCUAAGAAACAAGUGGAAGCCAAUGUAUGCGUUACUACCAGUAUGGUAAAAGAUGCACUCGACCAGCUCCGAGGAGCUGUAAUGAUUGUGUAUCCAAUGGGCCUCCCUCCAUAUGACCCAAUUAGAAUGGAGUUUGAAAAUAAAGAAGAUCUGUCAGGAACUCAAGCUGCCCUUGAGAUUGUUGAAGAACCAGAGGCCCAGCUGUGGUGGGCAGCAAAGGAACUGAAAAGAACAAACCAGCUUUCUGACUAUGUUGGGAAAAAUGAGAAAACAAAAAUUAUUAUCAAAAUACAAAAAAAAGGGCAAGGAGCUCCAGCGCGUGAGCCUUUCAUAAGUAGUGAAGAACAUAAACAGAUGAUUCUUUUUUAUCACAGAAGGCAAGAAGAACUCAAGAAAUUGGAAGAAAAUGAUGAUGAUUCAUUUUUAGAUUCUGAAUGGGCUGAUAGUCAUGCCCUGAAAAGACAUUUUCAUGGUGUCAAGGAUAUUAAGUGGAGACCAAGAUAAAGCUA